AUGCCGGCGUCCUUGAUUGGCUUCGCAGUCUUCAAGGCGCUGUCGCCUUACCUCGCGCUCCCCUUCACACCCGUGGAAAAUGUCCUUGUGCAAACAGUAGCUGGUGCUGUCGGAACAAUGCCUUUGGGGUUGGGUUUCGUUGGAGUCAUGCCCAGUCUGGAGUUCCUUCUCAAGAAAAGUGAAGGUGCGCCCAUUGAUCUGAGCUUAUGGAGGCUUUUCAUCUGGGGUGUUGGCCUCUGCCUGUUCGGCGUUGUCUUCGCAGUUCCUCUACGCAAGCAGGUCAUCAUCCGUGAACGGUUAAAAUUCCCUAGCGGCACUGCCACCGCCCUCAUGAUCUCUGUUCUCCAUGGUGGUGCCAAAGAUGACAGUUCCAAACCGGAUGAGAUUGCAACGCAAGGUACGGAGGAGCGUGAAGAACUCUUAAGGGACAGUGACAGGGAUGAGCGAGCCAGUCAGGCAGACGAGCGAGACAUUCGAGCUGACUGGAAGAAACAAAUUCGGUUGCUGGUCAUCGCCUUCUCCGGAUCUGGAAUCUACACUUUGGUCCAGUACUUUCUUCCGGUACUCCACCGACUGCCUGUCUUUGGCAGCUAUCUCGCCAAUACCUGGGUGUGGAACCUGAAUCCCUCGCCUGCAUAUGUUGGUCAAGGCAUCAUCAUGGGACCGGCAACAACCUUCCACAUGCUCCUCGGCGCUGUUGUUGGCUGGGCCGUUCUCAGCCCAAUAGCGAAACACAACGGGUGGGCUCCGGGACCAGUGGAUGACUGGGAGACUGGGAGCAAAGGUUGGAUCGUCUGGGUCAGCUUGGCAAUCAUGCUUGCCGACGCCAUUGUCAGCCUCGGCUGGUUGCUCCUCCUUCCAACGAUCAGGUAUAGUCCUGGGUGGAUCAGAGCAAUAAAAGAUCGUUUUGCGAGCAGUUCGUCUUGGACCGAGUUCCUUCUUGGGAAGGAUCUCACCGGCUACUUUGCCCUUGACGGCGCCUCACGAUCACAGCAUUCGAAACCCAAGAAGCGGUCGGCAGAAGGACCCGAUGAGCUUCCCGACGAUGCGCCACCACAUCACCUUGUUUCCGCCCGCACCGUCUCCAUCCUCCUGCCACUUACCCUUGUUCUCUGUGUUGUCUGCAUCCAUGUCACGUUUGGAAGAUACAUGCCAAUCAGUUUGAACAUCCUUGCGAUCCUACUCGCGCUUGUGCUCUCGAUCAUGGGCGUGCGCGCCCAGGGAGAGACGGAUCUCAAUCCAGUGUCUGGCAUAUCCAAGCUGACGCAGCUGGUGUUUGCCCUGAUUCCAUUGAGGGGCCGACAUGCCAACCAUGCCAUCGUCAUUAACCUGCUUGCGGGAGCGGUCAGCGAAGCUGGUGCCCUACAGGCUGGCGACAUGCUGCAAGACCUGAAAGCCGGCCACUUGAUCGGGGCGAGCCCGAAAGCCCAGUUCUAUGGACAGAUGAUCGGCAGUCUUGUGGGCGCUUUCGUUUCGGCCGCCAUCUACAAGCUCUAUGUUUCGGUCUACCAAAUCCCAGGCGAGCUGUUUGAGAUUCCGACGGCGUAUGUAUGGAUAUUCACCGCUCGAUUGGUCACGGGGAAGGGCCUGCCACCAAUGGCAUGGCAGUUCGCACUUGUGGCUGGCGUCAUUUUCGUCGCGACCACCUGCUUGAGGAUAUACCUUUUGGCCCACGGCGAGGAAAAGGCUUGGUGUCGAGCACUCCAUCCGUGGAUCCCGGGCGGCAUUGCGGUGGCCGUUGGCAUGUACAAUACUCCGAGCUUCACCUUGGCCCGGACUGUCGGUGGGAUCAUCAGUUACUGGUGGGUCAAUUGGAAACAACGGACUGAGACCAAGGUGAUCGUCCUUGCCAGCGGCCUCAUCCUCGGCGAAGGGGUCGUGAGCAUCGUCAAUCUCGUCCUGGCCAGCUUCGGGGUGCCUCAUCUGUGA